AUGAAGUUCGCCUCAGUCCUCAGUGUGGUCGGGGCCCUGACGGCUGUAUCCGCCGUCCAGGUGAAUCCACUUCCCGCCCCCCGUAACAUCACCUGGGGAUCCUCCGGUCCAAUCCAAGUCAGCCACUUGAGAUUGAACGGUCGUAACUCUGCGGUCGUCACUCAAGCUUGGGAGCGAGCAUGGAAAACUAUCACCACCCUGCAAUGGGUUCCUGCUGCUGUUGAAGCCCCUAUCGCCUCUUACCCAGCCUUCCCCACCGCGACUCCUGUAUCGCCCUCCUCGACCCCUGCCUCCAAGGCCAAGCGCGCGCCCUCGGCAAUCCACAACGUCGAUGUCCAUGUGGUGGACAACGAUGCAGAUCUCCAACAUGGCGUGGAUGAAUCCUAUACACUGGUGGUGGCCAAUGGCGGCAUCCGGAUCAAUGCUCAGACGGUCUGGGGUGUGUUGCACGCCUUCACCACCCUGCAGCAGAUUAUCAUCUCGGAUGGCAAGAGCGGCUUGAUUAUUGAACAGCCCGUCAAGAUUAAGGAUGCCCCGCUGUACCCCUACCGUGGGAUCAUGAUGGACACUGGUCGCAACUUCAUCACCGUUCGCAAGAUCUUCGAGCAGAUCGAUGGUAUGGCCCUGUCCAAGCUCAAUGUUCUCCACUGGCACUUGGACGAUGCUCAGUCGUGGCCCAUGCAAAUGAGUUCCUACCCCGAGAUGACUAAAGAUGCCUACUCGCCUCGCGAAAUCUACACCGAGAAGGACAUGCGCAGUGUGAUUGCCUACGCCCGCGCGCGAGGUGUUCGCGUCAUCCCCGAGGUCGACAUGCCCGGCCACUCUGCCUCGGGCUGGCAGCAGGUCGACCCGGAGAUUGUGGCUUGUGCCAAUACCUGGUGGUCGAACGACGUGUGGGCGGAGCACACCGCGGUCGAGCCGAACCCUGGCCAGCUCGAUAUCAUCUACCCCAAGACCUACGAAGUGGUUAAGAAUGUCUACCAAGAACUGUCUCGCAUCUUCAGCGACAACGUCUUCCACGUCGGUGGCGACGAGAUCCAGAUCAACUGCUACAACUUCAGCACCCAUGUCACUAAGUGGUUUGCCGAGGAUCCCUCGCGCACCUACAGGGACCUCACUCAGUACUGGGUUGACCACGCCAUGCCUAUCUUCCGUAGUGUCGGCGACCACCGCCGCCUCAUGAUGUGGGAGGACGUGACAAUCGCGACCGAAAGUGCCCACAAUGUUUCCAAAGACAUUAUCAUGCAGACCUGGAACGCCGGCGAUGGUAACAUCAAGAAGCUCACCUCGGCCGGCUACGACGUCGUCGUUUCGACCUCUGAUUUCCUCUACCUCGACUGCGGCCACGGGGGUGCUAUCACCAACGACCCCCGCUACAACGAGCAAAGCAACACCGCCGGCGGCGUGACCUUCAACUACGGCGGCAACGGUGGCUCCUGGUGCGGCCCCUACAAGACCUGGCAGCGUAUUUAUGACUACGACUUCCUCACGAACCUCACUGCCUCCGAGGCGAAACACGUCAUCGGCGCCGAGGCUCCCUUGUGGUCGGAGCAGAUCGAUGAUAUAACCAUCUCCAGCGCGUUCUGGCCUCGCGCUGCUGCGCUGGGUGAGCUCGUCUGGUCUGGUAACCGUGACGCGGCGGGCAGAAAGCGUACCACCAACCUCACUCAGCGUAUUCUGAACUUCCGUGAAUACCUCGUUGCCAAUGGUGUGAUGGCUACUGUUCUUGUGCCCAAGUAUUGUCUGCAGCACCCUCAUGCUUGCGACUUCUACAAAAACCAGACCAUAAUCUCUUGA